UUACCUACAUACCAAAGAUGAUGAAGGCAGAGGUUACUCUUUUGGACUGUUGGGUUAGCCCAUUCUGCAUGAGGGUGAAAAUCGCUUUGGAAGAAAAGGGUGUUGCAUAUGAAAGCCAGGCUGAGGAUUUGUUUGGAGGCAAGAGUGAACUUCUGCUUACAUCAACCCCUCAUGGCAAGGUGCCUGUGUUGCUCCACAAUGAGAAACCUGUGUCCGAGUCCGCCAUCAUUGUUGCCUACAUUGAUGAAACUUGGACAUCUUCCUCAUUUCUACCACCCUGUGCCUACGGCCGAGCUCAGGCAAGGUUUUGGGCUGACUACAUCGACAAAAAGGUGUUUGAUGCGGGCAAAGCCAUCUUUUUGGGCAAAGGAGAAGAAGUAGAGGUCGCGAAGAAGGACUUCAUUGAGGUUAUAAAGACUCUAGAGAAGGCUUUGGGGGAUAAGCAUUUCUUUGGUGGUGAUACUUUUGGUUUCGUCGACAUCAUAGGCAUUGCUAUGACGAGUUGGUUCCCCGCUUAUGAGAAAUAUGGGUGCUUCAAGCUUGAAGAACACUGCCCCAAAUUCUCAGCUUGGAUCGAGAGGAGCUCGCAGAGAAAGAGUGUAGCCAAGGUCAUUCCAGAGGCAGAGAAGGUCCUUGGAUUUGUGGCCAUGUUUAGGCAGAUGAUGGGAGUACAAGACUGAUUGCACGACUUGUUCUUUCAACACUAGCCGGCUAGCACUAUCAGUCACUGUCUUCUUUUCUCUUCCAGCACUUCAUGUAAGGGUCUCAGGCCCUUUCUUUACGGAAAUAAGUACAAGGAUCAACAAUCGUUUCUUGAUAAAAUUAUCUUUUUCUCAAGGGGUACGUGUUCUGUGACUUUGUUCCUGGCCAAAUGAAUUACAGUAUGGAACGAUGACAAUGCAAUUUCUGGUCUAUCUCAGUGCAACAUUUCAAAUAUUAGUGUGACAAAACAGCUAUAACUAUAAUUUUUCGGAUUAAAGGCUUCAAAACUGGAAUUUU